AUGUGCGCAACGGUGUCUCCCGCCGGACGUCUAAAAAGGCGAGCUGAACGUUCCGUUAAGAAGCCAGCGGCAAAUUUAUCCUGCUCCACUCAUAUUCGAUGCAUUCAAUCUCAGCAUCAUCUGCUCUCAUGCUUGUGCUAA